AUGAGCUAAAAAACAAACAAAAAAUGCUCAUAAUCCAAUAUCCACAGUUCAAUCGGAGCACUUGAUCACUCAUUCGGACCAUGAAUGUUUGUUAAUCGGAGCACUUGAUCAAGACCGGACAACUUUCUCCCUCUCCGUGGGUGUCGGAAAAAAACGAGGCUACUGUUCAUAGGCCAGAAAUCGACACCGAAUGCUCAGAAUCAAUCUCUACCGUUGACAAUGAAACUUCACGUGUCAUGAACGUCUCUAUAAAUUUUCAACUCAAUCGGACUACUAGCAUCAGUAGAUCGGAGCGGUUGAUCAAGACUGUACAGCUCUCGUUCUCUAUAGCAGCCGUGGCUUUCACUCCUUUUUCUUUCUUAUUUUCUUGUGCACCACACAGGCCUCUCCACACAUGGCCCUUAUUGGGUAAGCCUGGGCCAUCGAGGAGGGAAACCAACCCAACAUCUACGACGGCGAAGAGAAUGCUCCAAUUCCCGUCUCUUCAACGCCACACCUGAAGAAAUGCCAAAACCCAGAACCAAAAUUCUCAGAACAGAUUAUUCAGAUUGAUGGCGAGACCAUUGUCUCUUGCUCACAAAUCUUUCCUUCUCCUCCGUCCCAAACUCAUGGCUUCCUCAACGAUUAUCUCCUACUCUUUCCUACAAAGAGUUUACCUUCCGAGCAAAACCCUCCUCUCACUACCAGUACCGUCGUCUUCACCACUGCUCUUCUCUACCACUGCCACCCCUUACCCUCUUCAAUACGAAAUGAUCAUCUCUCGCCCAACUCAGUCGUCGCUCGCCCCCAAUCGCCGUCGAUCCCGCCGGCCCAGCAAACCCAAAGCCAACGAUUCGCCCGAGGCAGAAUUGGUUGAAGAACCCAGUUCAUUGGAAUUGGGAUUCGAGGAUUGGGUUGAUCGGAAACUGUCCUCGAACGACCCUGAGAUGGACAAGUCGAAGAGGAAGUAUUACAACAAGAGGAGGAAGAGAAUGUACGGCUCCGACUCGUCGGACGACGAGCGCGGCGACGGCGAGGAUUCCGUGGAGCUGAAGCCUGAAGUAGUGGAGCUCCGCACGUUGCAUAAGAGAGAGGAGGAGUUGUAUUUUUAUGAUACAUUUGCAUAUCCGUGGGAGAAGGAGAAACAUUACAAGAUGGUUUAUCAGUUGGAAAAGAAGUAUUUUCCUGAUCAGUGUCUCGAUAAGGCAUUUGUCCAACCUGGCGAAUUCAAUGCGAAUGCUAAUGCGAAGACAAAGGCAAAGAGGAAGGCAGUUGGGAGUGGGGAGAAGAGAGAUGGGGUUGAUGAUGGUGGGGAUGAUAAGGGGCUAGUGUUCUUCGAGGAGAAAAAGGAUGAGAGACUUGCGGGUUCGGUGAGGAAUACGAAAAUGGAUGUGUCAGAGAAGAAGGUGGAGGAGUUCUUCAAGUGUUUGAAGAAAGUCCCCGAUAAGGAUGCUGAAGUUGGUGAUGGCGAGCCUUAUAUUGUGACAAGGAGUAGUGAGCUUCCUCCAAGAUGGGACGGUCCGCAUGGGACGGUAGUUAUGGUAAACAAACCCAAAGGAUGGACUUCAUUUACAGUUUGUGGGAAGCUGCGUCGACUAGUCAAAGUAAAAAAGGUAGGACAUGCAGGAACGCUCGAUCCUGCAUCAACUGGCCUUUUGAUUGUUUGUGUUGGUAAAGCCACUAAAUUGGUAGAGAGAUUUCAAGGUAUGAUUAAAGGUUAUAGCGGGGUCUUUCGUUUGGGGGAGGCUACUUCUACUUGGGAUGCUGACUCACCGGUUAUUCAACGUGAGCCAUGGGAACACAUCAAAGAUGAGGACAUAAAGAAAAUUGCUGCGUCUUUUUGUGGAGAAAUAUGGCAAGUCCCUCCAAUGUUCUCUGCCAUCAAAGUUGGGGGUGAAAAGAUGUACGAGAAAGCAAGACGAGGAGAAAGCAUUGAACUUUCCCCUAGAAGGAUAUCAAUCUUUCAGUUUGAUAUUGAGCGUAGCCUGGAUGACAGACAAAAUUUGAUUUUUCGGGUGACUUGCUCAAAAGGAACAUACAUUAGAUCCCUCUGUGCAGAUUUCGGGAAAGCUCUUGGCAGUUGUGCUCACCUAACUGCUCUGCGACGAGACUCGAUUGGGGAAUACUCAGCAGAUGAUGCCUGGGAGUUCAAAGAACUAGAAGAAGCAAUCACCAGAGGUUAUUUCUAAAUGCUGCCUCUUCCCCAAUUCUUUAAUUUUCUUUUUUAACAUUUUCAAACUUUCAGAAGCAGAAACAGUGACCAUAAGAUCUCAAGAGCAGUCUUUACAUGCCCACAUAUCUUUUUUUCUUUUUCUUUUUCUUUUUUCAAUGUAGUAUUUAAAAUAAAAGGUGUUGUGAAUUGAAGGUAUUUAUUCAAGUGUUUAUGCUGCUAAUUUCUCCC